AUGUACCGCCUGUUCAAAUCCGAUUUCUUCAACUUCGAGGCUCUCCGCCUGCUCAGCUUCACCGCGCACGAGGGCGGCGAGAUCGCCGAAUUCUUCGAGGCGCUCGGCAAAGUGAAAGACCUCGACCGCGGCAGCUGGUACGCAGCCUGGACGGAGGCGGCCGACAAAGCAGAAGCGCUGGCCCUGGCGGCCGAGCAAUCGCAGAACCGGCUCGCGGCGCGACGGGCAUUUUUCCGCGCCUCGAACUACCAGCGAGCGGCGCAGUUUAUGCUGCAGGGGGGACGCGCUGCGGAUCCGCGGAUUCUGAUCGACUCGGAGAACUCGAUCUCCAACUUCUGGCGCGCGGUGACACUGCUGGACUGUACGGCCACACGGCUGCAGAUUCCCUACGAUGCGGGCGAUGGGACCGCGCCCAUGAUGCUGCCCGCGUACCUCUACCUGCCCCAUCCGACGAAACGACCGGCUUCGAUGGGCGCGAAGACCCCCAUCCUGAUCAACACGGUGGGUGGGGACGCGACGCAGGAGGAGAUCUUCUACAUCUUUCCCAUGGCGGCUCUGGAGCUGGGGUACGCGGUGCUCACGUUCGAGGGCCCGGGACAGGGCAUCGUCCUCCGUCGCCACGGGGUGCCGUUCCGACCGGACUGGGAGGCGGUGGUCUCACCGGUGCUCGACUACCUGGUCGGGUACGCGGCGGCACGACCGACGCUGAGCCUGGAUGUGGAUCGCAUCGCGCUGGCGGGUUCGUCGAUGGGUGGGUAUCUCUCGCUGCGUGGGGCGACGGACGCGCGCAUCAAGGCGUGCGUCUCCAGCGACCCGUUCUACGCCAUGUGGGACAUGCUCCAGGGGCGGAUGCCGCAGAUCGUGAGCGACACGUUUGUGGCCGGCGGCUUCGUUUCCGAUCCCCUCUGGGGCGCGCUGGCGAGUCUCCUCGGCUGGCUGGACCCCCAGACGCGCUGGGAAUCCGAGCAGACCUGCUGGAUGCUGGGCGCCGACGGGGCCGCGGACAUGCUCCGACGCAUGCAGCAGUAUACGCUUGCCACCGCCGAUGGGAAAGGCGUGCUCUCGCGCGUGCGAUGCCCGGUGUUCGUGACGGGGGCCAGACAUGGGCUGUACUGCACCCCCGAGGUCAGCACGGCGCGCAUCGUCGAGGAGUUGGUCAAUGUGCCGGAGGGGGCGAAGGAGUGCUGGAUCGCCGAGGACGCCGGCGAGGGGGGCUUGCAGUCGAAGGUGGGCGCCUUCGGGGUUCUCAAUCAGAAGGUCUUUGCCUUUUUGGACGGGGUGUUUGGGGUGGCGCGGGAGAUGGCGGUUGGGAGCCAGGAUUGA